AGUAAUAUCUGUUUCUUAGACAGUGUUGUAAUUGGCUGAAGACUGGCAGCUGCCCCUAUGGAAACAUGUGCAGAUUUGUACGUGGUCCUUCACCCUGCGGUAAAGGCUACAGCAGCAAUUAUAGAAGCGACCCUCUAGGACAGAGUACAACUACCCCAUAGGAUUUCCAAGGCUGCAGUCUUUACAGAAGCAGAUUGCCACACCUUUCUCCUGCAGAGUUUCUUGUCACCAGAAAGACCUACCUACAGGGGAUCUUAGAGAAAGAAUGAAGAACAAGUGCCAAGAUGUGGACGCUGAGUCCCAGAAGCGAAAUACAGAGGAAUCAUCCUCACCUUUUAGGUGGCCUGGUUUUAUCUGCUCUUCCUCGAACCUCUAGGCAAGCUGAAAUUCUGCAAAAUCUUACAACAACAUACGAGAUUGUUCUCUGGCAACCAGUAAUGGCAGAAUUUAUUGCGAAGAAGAAAGAAGUUCAUUUUUUUGUGAAUGACUCAGAUGUAAGCAUGGUGAAAGCCCAUUUAAGUGUGAGCAGAAUUCCAUUCUGGGUCCUGAUAGGAGAUGUUGAAGAUCUCAUUCUGCAGCAGACUUCCAACGACACAGUCAGCCCUCGGGCCUCCUCAUCGUACUAUGAGCGGUAUCGCUCACUAAAUGAAAUCUAUUCUUGGAUGGAAGUUAUAACUGAGUGGUAUCCUGAUAUGAUUGAAAAAAUCCACAUCGGUUUCUCAUACGAGAAGUACCCUCUUUACGUUUUAAAGCUUUCCAAAAAACAGCAAACAGCUAAAAAUGCCGUAUGGAUUGACUGUGGAAUCCACGCCAGGGAAUGGAUUUCUCCUGCUUUCUGCUUGUGGUUCGUAGGCUAUGUAACUCAAUUCUAUGGGAAAGAAACGGUGUACACUAAUCUUCUGAGACACAUGGACUUCUUUGUUAUGCCACUGGUAAACGUGGAUGGUUAUGACUACACCUGGAAAAAGAAUCGAAUGUGGAGAAAGAACCGAUCUUUUCAUGAGGACAAUAAGUGCAUCGGAACAGAUCUGAACAGGAACUUUGCUUCUAAACACUGGUGUGAGAAAGGCGCAUCAAGUUUCUCGUGCUCGGAAACCUACUGCGGGCCCUACCCUGAAUCGGAGCCAGAAGUGAAGGCAGUGGCUGAUUUCUUGAGAAAAAAUAUCAACCACAUUAAAGCUUACAUCAGCAUGCAUUCAUACUCUCAACACAUAGUGUUUCCUUAUUCCUACAGUAGAAGCAAAAGCAAAGACCACAAGGAGCUGUCUCAAGUGGCCAGUGAAGCUGUCCGUGCUAUUGAGAGUAUUAAUAAAAAUAUCAAGUAUAUGCAUGGCAGUGGCUCAGAAAGUUUAUAUCAAGCUCCUGGAGUUUCGCAAGACUGGAUUUAUGACUUGGGCAUCAAAUACUCAUUUACAAUUGAACUUCGAGAUACAGGAAGAUACGGAUUCUUGCUGCCUGAACGUUUCAUCAAGCCAACUUGCAAAGAAGCUCUUGCGGCUGUCUCUAAAAUAGUCUGGCAUGUCAUCAGGAAUGUUUAAUGCCCUUGAUUUUAUUAUUCUGCUCCCAUAUUUUAAUUUAUUGAUUCCGGCAUGACCAAGUAAUUGUGCCACCUUCUUUUUAAGUUUUAUCGAGUGUUUUGUUACCAGGUUUUCCCAUUUCUUGAUUUUGUUAAAGAAUAAAAUGCUACCUUGAAAUUAAGAGUUCACGUUUC